GCACUACCCUCACUGGCGACGGGAACGGUCGAAGACGUACUCGACGAGUCCUUCAGCUGUAAUGGCCAGCUGGAAAUGUGGACUCUGGACUUCUUGGACAAAACACAGAAUGACCGUGGUCAGGAGGGCCAGGCGGGACCGAAGGCGGUCGGUCAGCAGCACGGUACAUUCAACCAUUUAGCAUGGGGCUACACGGACGCAAGUCGACCGCGGGGCGUGCUCGUUGCGGGCGUGGAGAACGGCGAACUGGACAUUUGGGGCUCUGCAAAGAUCAUCGCAAAUGCUAAGUGA